GAAAUCCUCAGAGAGAGGGGCGGAAAUCUGAAGGAGUUGCCGCUCCGGUGUCAUCAGUCCAUUUGACAACACUGCUCCGCAGGACGCAUACCUUCCAUGGGCCUUGCGUUCAUCCAGCACCCUCGGACGGUUGCACGCGUUCAAGCUUCUUCUGCACCAUCCAUCCUGCGGAGGCUCACCAUGACUUGUUCAAGUACAGAAUCUCGCCAUCGCUCGUAACAGCUACAUUGCACUCGCGCGUUUGACGCUGCCCUUUUUGCACCCUAUGCUAUCGCGCUAGGCCUUUGCUCCUGCCAGACAUCGCACCGCCGCAUCGCAGCAACUGGCCCAGGAGGCUCCUUAGGGCUGUGUGUACGCACCCCGCUGAUGGGUAGUCAGUGAUAAUGCAUUCAACUGGUGCGUCCUCCAUUGCGUGUAUCGGUCUGAGCGGUGCCUUCGGCCUCAAGCCUGGCAUAUCUGGCGAGGAGUGUACUCAUGUGUCUCAGCCCCAGAUUUAUCCUCGUCACGAAAUCGAAGAUGCUCCUCUGCGACGAAACCCUUGGCACUCUCAGCCCAACGACAUGCAACUUUCAUCUCUGCCAUUGCGGCAUCACGCAUGUUGCUCGACUCCUAGCUUAUUGGCACAUCGCCAUGCGCUCUGUGAGCAGACGUACCUCCUUAGCCAGGAGCGUCUAGGUAGAUGGUUGGAGCUGCAGUGUAUCGUAUGUGCACCACUACCAUUUUCAUUUGUCGGCCUGGACAUGCUCGUGCGGCAUUUGGUAUGGUCUAACAAAGCAUCUGGUACCUUCCGGUGCGUGCGUGAGUUUCGUACUCGUUAUUAUCUGCUGCUGAACAUGCCGUAACAGGUCGAUCUACCGGUGAAACAAAGCGCGCCACGCCAAGUCACUUCGAUUCUCGGAGAAGGGCUGCUUCACAGUAUAAGAAAUUCUUUGUGUCGCUCUGCUGCCACCUGCCGCCACUUACCUCCGGAUGUUGGGUAUAGACAUGGAUACAUUUGUUCGCAUGUCGAGUAUCUCACCCCCUUUGCGCUCAAUCAAUGUCCUCACCUACUGCGGCCCUGUUGUAGUAUUCUAAUGCCAGACCGAAUGAACG